AUGGCGCUUUCCGAUGCAACCAAAGAAGCAGUAUGGCUCAAAGUGCUUUUGGGGGAACUUGGUGAGAUGACAAGCGACGAAGCGAUCAAGAUGUAUGAAGACAACCAAGGAUCAAUCGCUCUCGCCAAUAACCCGGAGUUCCAUAAGAGAACAAAACACAUCGACAUACGCUACCAUUUUGUGCGUGAGAAGGUGGAAUUAGGUGAAGUCGUUUUGGAGUAUUGCCCGACUCAAGAUAUGCUGGCAGACAUGAUGACCAAGCCGAUCGCCGCUGUACAAUUUGAAAACAUUCGCGAUCGACUUGGGAUCCAAGGUGCCGCAGCUAACGAGUCGAGAGGUAGUGUUGAAAAGACAGCGGCUGUGAAGAAGACACCUCGUCAAGCUGCGUCAAGUGUUGAAGCAAGUGGAAGACCAAGCUUCACUAUACCGGUUGGUACCGGUAUGUACCAGUAA